CAGGACUAGUGGUAGGUGCCCCUGAAGGCAAAAUAUCAUACUAAAUUACCUAUUUUCAGAUCCAUAGUUUUUUAUUUAUUAGGUGUAUCUAUAACAAGUUAUUUUUUAGAUUGAGCUUAGCCGCUAAUCAAACGGUUAAUCUCAUGUUCGAUUAAUUCUGUGUUAGCUGGAUGACAGUUAGGUGCCCUCGAAGGCACAGAGGUAUUAUUUGCUAUAGCAGUAAUUUAUAUCUAGUGUUAAAUCCAUCCAUUUAUAUCUAAUGCUAUCACAGAGGUAUUAUUUGCUAUAGCAGUAAUCUAUAUCUAGUGUUAAAUCCAUCCAUUUAUAUCUAAUGCUAUCACAGAGGUAUUAUUUGCUAUAGCAGCAAUUUAUAUCCAGUGUUACAUCCAUUUUUUCAUAGUGUACUAUUAGAUCCUCUCAACACAGUCGGAUAAGCUGCAGCUGCUUAUUAUGAAACACUGGACUGCUUAGGCUGUUUAAGCUUCAGUUACAAUGUUGCUAAUAUAUUCGCUGUGAUUCCCAUUAGCCUGUAUGUGGAGCUGUGCUCUUUUUGUAUCUAUACAUUGUUAUCAAAAUUCUUUUGAUUAUCAAGUUUGUAUAAAUUCAUUACAAUACUAGCUACAAUCCCCUAGCACUUAGUACAGCUGCAUGAAGUGCUGAGAUUCACCAGCGUUUUCUUUCAUUUUUUUUUUUGCGAUAUAUACCUACUAAGUGGCCUGGUGAUUGUUUGCCAGUCCUGAUACAUUAAGAUUUAACUACUGGUAGAUAUAUUUUUUAUCCUUUUUUUGAUUUGCAUACUUAUUUUUGGGUAUUUAUUGUAGCACUUAUUUGUGUUUUUCACAUAUGUACACUAGCACGUUUUGGUUUUAAUACUAAGUCAAUAAAAUUCGUUUGUUAUUUUCUUUUUUUACUAUAUAUCAGUGGUAUACUUUGCUUAAUAGUAUAUCUUCUCAGCAUAUUUGUCUGAGACUGAUAUACUUAGUAUCGUACCUAUUUUGUUCUUUAUUUUACACCGAUUACAUACAGGUACACAACUUGUUCUUCUUGCUAUAUUGGUUUAUUCCCUUUGUGUUCCUGUGCCCAACAACGUCCACCUGGAUGUCACCCUUGUUGGGAAACUUGUAAAAAAAGGCCAGUGUGCCUCCAUUAAAAUAGAGUUCCUUUUUUACCUUCAACAUAGAAUCUCAUCUCAUGUGUGGGGGAAAAGGCUCUAUCUACCCUGGGAAUUGCUAUAUCACUAUACUCCCCUGGGAUUAUAAUCAUUAGCUCUUUUAAGAACUGUUCCGCUCUCUGGAGUAGGAGAGGUUCACCUACUGGAAGCUUGAUCCUGGUCUUGGGUCCAGGGUGGGUAGAGGACGGCGAGUUUCCAGCCAAGCUGUAACACUGGACGUGUAGUGCUGAUGAUGUCUGUUGGAGUGUUUGGAGUCCUCGGUGAGCACUAGGAGCAUCCGUCGGCGGAGGUACCCAACCGGGGUAUGGGAAGCUCUUUACAUCCUACAUUUGAAUGUUUUAUUUGAUUGCCCUCUGGGUAUUAAGGGACUCAUUGAGCCUACAUUGUUUAGUAAUUUACUGUUUAGUAGAUAUGCCCCAAAUGAUAGCAUGUAUGCAUUUAAUGAUGUAAUUUUCAUUGGGGUUUAAUCUAAAAUCUGAUAGCAAAACUUGCAGUUCUCGUGACUGCUACUUUUGCAUUCCCUCCCUUGCUAACCUCACCCAGACUUUCUCUCUAUGGUUUACAUGCAUUAGGAACAUCAUUCAGUCAUGUUCAGUGUAGCGGACUCCGGGUAACCUGACUGAUUACCUCCACUGUUUCUCCUCUCAGACAGACUGGAACCAUGUGUGAUUAAGCUCAUAUUCCCCCAGUAACUAGACGAGACAUAGUUCUGGGAGUCAUCUAGUUUAAUCAGGCCAAACAUGCUCAAUUUAUACACAGACCCCCAGCAAGAGGUCUCCAUACUAAAAUAUUACAAGCCAAACAAACACUCAGAUACACACACUGACAUACACACACUAUACACACACUGACAUACAGAUAUACACACCCCAACACAAACACACUGACAUACAGAUACACACUGACACAAACACUCAGAUACAUAUACACACACUGACAUACAGAUAUACACACACCAACACAAACACACUGACAUACAGAUACACACUGACACAAACACGCAGCUACACUUCUUCCUUGAUGCUCUGGUCCUGGCUGAGGCUGAUGGGAGUGAGCAUGCAGUGGCAGCUCACUCCAGCCUCUCUUCUGACUCCAUGCUGCUGUGUGGCUCUGCUGGGGGGCUCAAAUCAUAUAUAAUAUCCUGGAAACAAACACACACAAUUUGAUAUACAUGGUAUGUGUGAUUACCGGGAUAGUACACAUGAUAUGAGGGUGUCAGGGAGCCGCAUUAAGAAUAAGGGAGUCUCACAAAACUAUUGGGAGACUUGGGAUGUCUGUGGAUGAUAGUCUCGUUCUCCCGAAGAGUGCUCUCCUAACUGUUCGGGGCACGGAGCAGGUAGUGGUAGAGUUUCUCCGAUUUUCGCAAGGUCGUCUAUCGGAAAAGGAGCCAACCAAGGCAAAGCACUCAUUAAUUGUUUCUUUUGCUGUUUCCCACGUAUGUAUUAAUCGGUGUUCCGGUGUUCUAAUGAGGUACAGGGGGUCUCCCCAUUCAGGAGCCGAAACAAGUGGGUUCGGGUAUGAUAACUCCCGAAAGUAAGAAAAGUCAAAUAGUCACAAUGAACAGUACGUUCCGCCACAUUCAGUUUAAGCAAUUAAGUUAUAUCUGAUGCUAAUAUUACUGAGACAUUCUACCAUUAUUCUAGCAUUUGCCAUUGCUUUCAAUCCUAAUCUUCCAUGCCAGCUGUGUAUGCAUAAGUGUUUAUCAUCCUCCUAAGCAUUCCGCAUGUAGGUCUUUUUAAUGUAUAUCUUAUAUCUCCUGUCUCUUCCUAUAUAUUAUGUAUGGCCAUCACGGCCCCUAGCCUGUUCAGCCACUGUGGCAUUCUAGAAGUAUACUAGAGGCCUCCGUUCCAGUUUUGAUUCUGUCUUCCGACACCUUGUUUUAUUGGACUCAGUACAUAUGUAUUAUAUGACGUUUUAUAAAGGUUUACAUACAGUCUCCAUUUUGUUCACCAUUUCAUAAACUACAUGAUUAUUAGUAACUCUACCAUGUCAUCACCAACAUGUCUUAGUUACAUACUAGGAAUGGCAGAUGGAUUACUGUAGGAUCUGGUAGACAGAGUUGUGGAUAUUGCGCAGUCUGUUGCUCUCCAUAAUUUAUAUUCAGUACUUUCAGAGUGUAAUGGUGUUGUGGAGACAGGCUCAGGCACGGAGUGUAGUGGUGUUGUGGGGACAGGCUCAGGUACUGAGGGUAGUGGUGUUAUGGAGACAGGCUCAGGCACGGAGUGUAGCGGUGUUAUGGAGACAGGCUCAGGCACUGAGUGUAGUGGUGUUGUGGAGAGAGGCUCAGGCACUGAGGGUAGUGGUGUUGUGGAGACAGGCUCAGGCCUCACCACUGGUUUUUGGAGGGGACUGAUUUCCAGCCUCGUGCCAUGGGACUAUGGCCCCUGGGAAAUUGGGCACUUUAAAAACAGUCUUGGAGCUUAUGGACUUCUACUGGACUAUGUAUGGCCUUUGCUAAACUUUAACCAGCUAAUCACUUUAACAUGGUGAUUUUAUUCUGUUCGUGGGAUCUGAGCGCUGUUCGGAUAUAUUGAGCGCUCAGAUCUAAACUAUCUGGGGAUGGGUUGAAUGUGGGGGUUCUGUUCAGUAUAAUAGGAAUUUGUAUUUUUAUGUGUUUUUACUGUUGUUGUGAAUAGAGAUAUUUUCUGUAUGCUGGAGAUAAUUGGCUUACCACACCCAAACCAUGCUUGCAGUCAGUCAAAAAGGGAGUAUGCUGAUUCUGAAAAUGUAAGUUUUAUGUGAAUGUGAUGCAUACUUUUAAAGUUAUGAAUAUUGUGAAAAACUGUAUUUUCCUGCCUGUGAUAAUUACGUUAACCCGUUGUGUUCAGUAAUUAUAUCACAGACAGAGAGGAGGAUUUUGCUGUAAUGGCUGGGUGUGUCAGACAUUGUUGUAUUGUUUCAAUUGGUUUGUGUCCUUUGUGUGCCAGUGUUCCAUCAGGUCCAGGGGUGUGUGCCUCUGGCCUGAGGAAUUAUAUAAAUUGUGAGUGCUUCCUUCCAUUAAACAGUUCUACUUCACCCUCAAUUUGGAGUGCCGUCUCUUAUUGGGGGAAUCUGCUAAAAGAGAUUGCUAUGCUCUGCAUAUUCCCUUGCUAUAAUCACUCCUAAGCUCUUUUAAGAGCUUGUUCCUGCUUCGCUCUGAAGGAAGAGAGGUUCGGCCUGGUGGUGUCUGCUAGAGUGCCUGGAGCCCUCAGGAAGCGCUAGGAACAUCCUUCAACGGAGGUAACAAGUCAGGGUGCCAGGUGAUCCGUUACAGCUGCGUAUUAGGGACUUUAACUUGUGGCUUGGUGAAUGGUGUCGGGAGCAAGGAUUUGGCUUCAUUUCUCAUGGUAGCUCUGUUUGGAAUAGAAAUAAACCGUACAAAAAGAUGGUUUGCAUCUUUCUCAAAAGGGAACAAGUGUUCUCAGAGGUUUUGCUAGGAUGUAUUUAAACUAGGAGAGGGGGGAGGUAGGGCAAAAGGUGAUAAAACAUCAAUCCAAUUGCCCCUCAAAACAAGAACAGAAGGUGCCUGUAGCAAGUGUGUUAAAAAUUUAUAAGCUUAGAGUCAUGUCUACAAAUGCUCGCAGUUUAGGGAAUAAGAUCCAUGAACUUGUGGCAAUAAUGGCAACUGAUAGUGUAGAUUUAGUCGCUGUUACUGAGACAUGGUAUAAUGAGAAAAAUGACUGGGACAUAUAAAGAAAAGACAGUGAAAGCCCUGGAUGGCCCUGUAUGUGAAGGAUAGCAUAAAAUCUAGCCUAAUAAAAGUUUGGGUUACGUAGAAUUUGGUAAUCACACAGUAACUCGUGUAGGUGUGAUUUAUAGGCCCCCAGGACAAAUAGAAGAGUUAGAUAACCUACUAGUUGAGGAAAUAGCUAAAAUGACAAUGAAGGGCGAAGUUAUCAUCAUGGGUGACUUUAAUCUUCCUGAUGUGAAUUGGAAAACAAAAAUAGCUGCUUGUGCCAGGAGCACACAUAUUCUAAACUCUCUACUGGCAUUGUCUCUAAAACAAGUUGUUGAGGAGCCAACUCGUAAGAAGGCCAUACUAGAUUUAGUGUUAACAAAUGAGAUUUAUUAUCAGAUAUUACUGUAGAUGAAAGUUUAGGAACCAGUGAUCAUCAGUCAGUGUGGUUUAAUUUAUAAUUUUUUAUUUUUUUUGUAAAUUUCUUUAUUAUGUUUUUUUCAUGUUGUAAAAUGCAAUAGGUUGAUAAACAUUAUGAAACUCGCAGGUUUCUUAUACUCAUAGGAGCUUAUUAUACAUUGAGAUAUGCAAAUCUCUGCGUAAGCUUCAAUGGUAGGGAGACUCGCAGGUCUCUUAGCAAGGUGUACCUCAUGGUCACGUCAUUCAGAUGCGAGAUUGUAAGUCCCUAAUACCGGUGCCAUGGUAUUUGGCUAUAGAGGUUUACUUUUUAGUUAACAAAAUACAGAAAUGUGUUUUAAUAUGCUCCUACAUAAGCCUAGGAUUGUAUUUCUGAGUUUGCUAUCGUCUCAGUCCCAGUGUUUGUCAGUGUGGUCAAGUGUCUCGUGUCAUCAGUCUGCAAGUGGAUCAGGUUUAGGGUCCUUUCGGUCCUUGUUUCUCCAGAUUGGGCCGUAUCGUCUUUGGCCAGGGUCAGGGCAUUUGUGUAUGUUUUAUUGUGUGGUCUGGCGUUUACCUGGACGUGUGUGUGGUGGUGUGGUAGGGUCCCCAGUCCCUAUAUGCGUCUGGUCUUAUUCGGUGCUGUCUUAUUUUGCCUCUGAAGGAGGCCAGGGGUAGGGUAUGCAGGCACCAGUCGCCAUCGCCCGAGGCAGGUCCGGGUAACGGAGGGAAAGAAGAAGAGAAAGAAAGGGGGGGUAGAGGGUGGGGGGAGGGGCUCCAAGGGGGGGUUGCUUGUAUAAGUUAUAUAUUGGUCAUGUGUGUCUCAGUGUCCCCUGUGUCUCCCCCCCCUCCCCGUGCUCGUGGACGUGUUAGGUACAUGUACCAUGGCCUCCAUAAAUCUACGUGUUUGGUGCUUCUCCCUUGUAAGUCCGCGUUCUUUGCCUCCGCUGUGUGAAUUUCCAUAACUUUCUGUUGCCAUUGCGCAAUUGUGGGUGGUUGUGUGCUUUUCCACAGCGUUGGGAUUAAGGCUUUAGCCACAUUGAGUAGAUGUCUCAGAAUUGAUCUCUUAUAUUGUACCACGGAUUGGUCCGUGAAGUGGAGUAGGGCGACUUCUAUGCUAAGGUCCGGUAUGUCGCCCAGGAUCACAUUCAGUUCUUGUCGGAUUUGGUCCCAGUAUGGUUGUAUUUUAGUGCAGUCCCACCAUAUGUGUCAUACUGUUCCUGUGUGGGUCUCGCAUCUCCAGCAUGUGUCAGGGGUCCCUGGGAAUAUCCUAUGUAGCAACACAGGUGUUCGGUACCAGUGGGAUAGUAGUUUAAAAUUGGCCUCCUGGUAUUUUGAGCUGAUCGAACUCUUAUGUUGCAGUAUGAGGAUCUGUUCCCAUUGUGCGUCACUGUAUGUCCUGCCCGUGAGGUCUUCCCAUUGACCUUUAAAUGCUAUAUUCCUGACUCGGUCGCCCAGCAGUAUUCUCUGGUAUAUUAUGGAGACUCUCCCAUCCGCUUCAGGUGUGUCGACGCACAGGUUUUCGAACCAUGUUGUAUCCCUAUGUACCGCCUGUCUGUUCAGGAUAUUAUAGUAGAAAUGCCUUAGUUGUGCAUAGCGGAACCUGUGCAUGAGAGUGGGGAUUGCGGUCCCGGUCCAUUCCUGUAGGUUCUUUAGCCCUGCAUUGUGUAGCGCCUCCUUCAGAGGAGAUAUUCUUCUCCAUUAGUUUCUGGCCAUGCACCUCUCGCUAGGCCGCCUCCCAGAUCCACGUUAUGUGUCAGUGGGAUCAGCGGGCUCGGUUGUGGGGAGAUAUAGGAUUCCUUUCUCACUAUAGCUCAUGUUUGUAGUGUUUGUGUGACAGGUGAGGUCUUACUCGUAUUCGGUGAUUCUCCCCUAGCUUGGUGCCACACCAGUGAGGGUAGGGUGCCGUGCAUACUUUCCCUGUCCAGGUCUGCCCAUCUUUUGUGGUUCGGGGCUUUGUGCCAGUCCCUGAUCCUCUGUAGAACAGCAGCAUGGUAGUAUUUCCGUAUGUCGGGCAGUGCUAGUCCGCCCCAUGAUUUGGGUAGGCACCCUUUCCAGAUAUAACUGCUUAUCGCUGAUUUUAUUGUCGCGAAGAAGUCCGGUGGUAUAUGCCACGGUAUGGUGUUGAAAUAGUACAGGAGUCUUGGCAGAAUAUUCAUCUUCACUACCGCUAAUCGUCCCUGCCAGGAGAUGUACUCAUGGUUCCACGUCUUCAGGUCUCUUUGAAUUUGUUGAAGGAGCGGGGUGUAAUUCCUUGUGUAUAUUUCUGUUGGUCUGCAUGGGAUCCAUAUGCCAAGGUAUUUCAUCUGAUCUUCACAGCAUGUGAAGGGGUAGGUCUGUUUGAUCUGGUUCCAGUCCGGUGACGGGGUCGAAACUUGUAGUAUUUCGCAUUUUGUAUGAUUCAAUUUGAGCCCUGAUGCUCGGCCAUAGUUUUCAAACUCCUCCAUUAAUACUGGUAGCGUGUUCAGUGUGGUUUAAUAUAAGAACAGUGACUGAGUCACACCACACACAAAGAAAAGUUUUAGACUUUAGAAAAACAGACUUUUUAAAAAUUAGAAUAUGUGUAAAGGAGUCAUUAUCAGACUGUAGCAGUUUAAAUGGAGUCCAAGAGUUGCACUGCUGAAGGCAACAGAAAAUUGCAUUAGGCUUGUCAGUAAAAGCAAAAAAUUCAAGAAACCACUGUGGUACUCCGCAGAUGUGGCCAAAAUAGUUAAAAACAAAAAGUUAGCAUUUAGGAAUUAUAAAAAAAAACAGAGUGAGGAAGACAGAAUGAUCUAUAAGAUUAGGCAGAAAGAGCCUAAGCAGGUUAUAAGAGCUUCCAAAUCACACACAGAAGAGAAAAUAGCACAGUCAGUAAAAAAAGGGGGACAAAACAUGUUUUAGAUACAUAAAUGAGAAAAGAAAAGUAAAACAAGGAUUAGUUAGAUUAAAAACAAAAGAAGGAAGGUAUGUAGAAGAGGAUAAAGGUCUAGCUGACUGCCACAAUGAAUAUUUUUGUUCAGUAUUUACAGAUGAAAAUUAAGGAAAGGGACCUCAGUUAGAAAAAAGUACAAAUGAGUCAUUUAUUACACGUGAGUUUACAGAGGAAGAGGUUCUAUUUCAACUUUCAUUGUUAGCUCUAUGCCUAUGGAUAAUAAAGGUUUCGUAAUUUUGGGGGCUUUUAGGCUACUAGUGUAUUUAAAGUUGUACUUUUUCCAUUUGGAGGGAAUGUCUUGGAUAUUGUUUUCUUUUGAUUUCUAGUUCUA